UCUUCCCGCAGGCGGGCGGGCGCGCUGACGCGUUACGCACGCAGUUGGGUGGGGCGCGCAUGCGCGGCGGGCAGGAAGCGGCGACUGCUGGUGCGGGAUCGGGGGCUGCCGGGGCCACGGGCGCCAUGUCGGGCCGCUCGGUGCGGGCCGAGACCCGCAGCCGCGCCAAGGAUGACAUCAAAAAAGUGAUGGCGGCCAUCGAGCGCGUUCGAAAAUGGGAGAAGAAGUGGGUGACUGUGGGAGACACAUCCCUGCGGAUAUUCAAGUGGGUGCCUGUAGUCGACAGCAAAGAGAAAGAGAAGUCCAAAUCCAGUAGCGCUGCUGUCCGGGAGCCCAAUGGCUUUCCAGCUGAAGCUGCAGCCAACUCCUCGCUGCUCUUAGAGUUCCAGGACGAAAACAGCAACCAGAGCUCCUUGUCGGAUGCCUAUCAGCUCAAGGCAGACAGCAGCCCUGCCUCCAGCCCCAGCCCCCAGCAGAGCGAGUCGAUGAGCCCCACGCACAACUCCGACUUCCGCACUGAUGACUCCCAGCCGCCCACACUGGGACAGGAGCCGCUGGAAGAACCUGCCCUGCCUCCCUCUGAAGUAGCCGAUGAGCCCCCAACCCUCACGAAGGAAGAGCCAGGCCCUCUGGAGGCUCAGGCAGCUGGAGGGGAGGAGGAUUCCGGAGCACCUCCACUCAAGAGAUUUUGUCCCGACCAGAAUUCUGCAUGCCACACGGCCUCCGAGAGCUAGCUAGCUGGCUUCUCCCCUGCAAUGUGGUCCUUCCCUAAGAGUCCGUCUGCCCCCCCGCCCACGAGACGCUCAUCCUUUUGAAAACUGGGAUACCCGUCUGCCGCCCCUCAACAGUCCUCAUCCCGCCGUUCCUUGGGACCGUGCUCCCUCCCGACGCCAGCUUGCCUUCGCCCACUACUGCCAAGAGUCAUCCCGUCUCCCCCCGACACAACAUUCCCUUCCCUCUUUUACUCCCCUCAUUUGCACGCUUAAGAGAUAAGGUGCUGCAGCCUCUCUUUAUUUUUAUUUUUUUUCUCAAUCCUCUGUGGACUCUGGGAUGGGGAUUGUGGUUUAGGAGAUUCCUCGAGGACUAAGGGGUUUUCAGCACUUGAUUGGACAACCCCCGAGGUCCCUCUUCCUCUUGGGAGCAAAAGGUUCUCCUCAGGUGGAAGCAUGGGACCUGGGGGGGAGCCUAGCUGGGAUGUCGUGCAAUAGUUGUUGAGUUUUAAGCCAUUAGGACAAGUGUGAGCCAGAGAUUUGCACCUGGGUGGAUGGUGGGGGUUCUGUAUCGGGACAGCUGGCCUGGAGCCGGUAGGCUUGGCUGCCAAGAAAGGAUCCUCCCCGUUAGGAUCUGAGGACCUGCAGGCAGUCCUUGUCGGCUGGCGCAGGCGGGGCUCGGCCGGUUCCCGCUCCUUCAGGAAACAAGGGAGCUGCAUGCCUCAAGCCAGUGGGGGCCUGUCUCUAAGCAGCCCCCCUCUUUUUGGGGUGGGCUUCCCCGCUAGAGCAGUUGCCCCCAAACCACCCAGCCCCCUCUGGCCCUUGCAAACCUGACCCGUCACAAUCUGCACGUGGAAUUGAGUCUGUGAUUGAGGCCCUGCCGCGGCAAGAAGUGCUGGCCGUGCAGGGAAGCAAAGAGA